AUGCCCUUUUCUCUCCAUCGCCGCGAGCGCGUUGUUGCCGCUCCCCCGAAACGCAGAGGGUUCUUCUCACGACGCCCUGCUCAUCACCAUUCUACCACCACCACCACCACUACUGCUGCUCCCCGCCGCCGAGGUCUCUUCUCUCGCCGCCCUGCCGCGCAUCACCACCACCAGCGCAAGCCUAGUCUUGGUGACAAAAUCUCCGGAGCGUUUCUCAAGCUCCGCGGUAGUUUGACUAACCGUCCUGGCGUCAAGGCUGCUGGCACUCGCCGCAUGCAUGGCACGGACGGCCGUGGCUCUCAUCACCAUUAUUAG